AAAAGUCAAGUAAACGAUAUGAUCUUGUUUACGAGUACCUUGAUGGACGUGAAGACAAAUCUUGAAACAAUAUUAAUCAUUCGAAAAGAAACACAAAUAGAAUUUGAACGUGACAAAUAUGAAGAAAACAACAGCCGUCAUGCGUAGAAUAUUAAAAAUAAUUUUUCUUUUUAAAGAAGAACGGUGUCGUGUAAAUUAUACAAAAGGAAGAUUACAGCAGAUAGAUAUACUUCAAAUCAUCUGAAUGUAUAUAUUUAAAAUAGAAAAGAUAUACAAGGUGCGCAUUAAGACAGCCUUAAUGUGAUUUCUUUUUGGCCUUUUUUUAAACGGUUCUCCUACGCAAAGCGAUGGUUUUAUCACAUUUCUGCGAUUGUAUUCCUACGCCGUCAAGUAAUUGUAUCAUUGCGCCUACAGAAUAUACAUUUUGCUGUGCGAUGCGUCGUUAAUGGCGUCUUCAUACCCAGACCAUUCGAAGAAAAAGACUUGAUUUAUAUAUAGUGUUUGGAUAAAUUGUGAAUAUAAAGAAAUUUUCGAAAUCUGUCAUUUAAAAUACCUUCAAAGAUGUUUAUUUUAAUGUACAUAUAUACUUAUUUAUCCAUGUUAGUCAAUUUUAUUCAUGGUUCAAGUUUAACGGCACCACCCUUGUCGGUAUUGAUGGUUGGAUUUGAAGAUGCUUAUGAUCUUUCUUUGCUUGCAAAUACACUCUCGGAUCAAGGAAUCGACGUGACAUUGAUCAUACCCGAACAGAUUGCUAAUGAUCUGUAUGAGAAUCUCAUCGAUGUCGAAGUUUAUCAGUUAAAGGCAUCUCUCGAGAAGCUUGUUUAUCCAGAAGAUCAUGCCUUGAAAUUUUGUGAGAGUUUGCUCAAGGAUCAGGAAUUAUCGCGAAAAGUACAGGAAUUACAAGCAACGAUCACAUUGGUCCCUGCCUUGAGACAUGAUGGAUGCUUGUUACCAUGGAUUAAAUCCAUUGAGUCGAUACCUAUAAUAUUAACCAGAAACGCCUAUGAAGAAGUUUACGCUUUUGAACGUACUGGUGUUGCUUUGCCAAUUUUAAAGGGUGCUUUCUGGUCUAGAAUGUCUACCAAUCUAGCAUGGAGAUCUAUAUCUGCUAAUAUUGAAAACAAUUAUGUAACACCAGCUUUUGAUUUAGUUAAGAAACAUUUACCAAAUUUACAGAUCAGUCAAAAUAAUCUUUAUUCCGAUGUACGUUUAGUAUUUUGGAGUACAGAUAAUAUUUUGCGAAUGGAUUUUGCUUCCUUGACACAAAUGUUAGUCGAGAUUGGAUGUCAUCACUGUAGAGGACCACAGCCUCUACCAGAAGAGCUUCAUAAGUUACUUAUUGAACAUAGACUCGGUUCUGUUGUUGUUCUUUUGGAUGGACAUUAUAAAUCAUUGGUAAAAGAGAUAGCGCAGAAGUUGCCGCAAGGUAGACAAGGUCAUGUAGUGGUAUGGAAAGUUCGCGAGUCUGUUACUAAUAGCGAGGAAGAAUUUCCAGUAAAUCUUUAUCUCUGGAAAAACGUCGAUAGACAAGAUCUCAUAGGUAAUGGUCGGACACGUGUGGUUUUGAGUCAUUGUGCAGAUAUCGAACUUUUGGAAAUUGCUUUCCAUGGUUCUCCGGUAAUAUGUUUUCCAAGAAAUGCACAGGAAUCUAAAAAUAGCGUCCGUGCAGUCGAAUUAGGUUUCGCACGCUUGAGCGAUGAUAUGAAAGAUAUCAUUAGUCUCAUUAAUACCAUUUAUUCGUCAACGGAUUAUCGUGAAAAUGCUAGAAGAAUUUCCGUAGCGAUACGUGAUAGAUUAAAUCCAGCAUCAGAUAGAUUGGUUUACUGGCUUCGUUACAUUGCCAGAACAAAAAGCGAUAGCGAUAAGUUCCUCGUUGCACCUAAGGGCGUAAGCACCUUCUACGAGGAUUUCCAAUUCUUCCUCGGUCUUUGCACGGGAGCCGUCAUUGGUGUUUUAUUGGCUGGAGUUGGUUUUUUAUUGCGAUACAUUAUAAUAUCGGAGAAAAUGCGCAAAUCAAAGGGAAGAUACGAACGAUAAGAUAUCUUUUAAGCAUCGAAAGUAUAUGCCUUGUAUAAAUCGAUUGCAAGACACAUAAUAGACGCUUUGUCGCAUAUGUAUUUAUAUAAAUGCACAUGGAUUACAGGUACAUACAUAUACAAAUGUUACGAACUAUGGUAUAUCUCAUUUCUAACAGAGAGAGAGGCCUAACCAUUUACGAGAAGUUGUUUAAUUAGUGAUUUUAGAAAAGCUAAGAAUAUAAUGCAAUAUAUUAUCAUAAGGAAAAAUAAAUUAUACAAAUUUCUCAAUACUCUGCGGUUCUGUGUGACAACAGUGUGCACAGUAACGAGUUUCUCGUUCGUCUACGCUUUUUAUGAUAGUCUUAUAAACAUACGGACGAAUAGAGGUAUCUAGUAUAAACGUAUUAUUAAAAUCGCAGUCCUAAUUAAAAUUAACAAUUAGGUUGUUUCUGUUUGUUUUGUUUUUUCUUAUUUUUAUUUUUUCACUUUUUUUUUUAUAAAAGGGAAAACGAUUUUGACGUUGUUGAUGUUUACUGUUGCAUAUGGAUCGACGUUUUCAUUCAAUUUAUUUUUUUUUCUUCUUCAAUUUUAGUUUCUAGCAUUAUAACAGAUAAAAUACAUUAAAGUAGUUACAAAUGUAAGAAAUGUGAAAUUUCUCAAGCUUAAUAGACUUUCCUUUGCUCGUGGUUAAACUGUUGAGUAUAUUUUUUUUCAAUCGUAUAAAAAUUGUCUCACCAAUUGCUUCUUAACUUUUUAUCAUAUACGAGUACUAGUAGUCACUUGUUAUUUAACAGUGCUUCAUAUCAACACUGAGAAUUCGCGUGUGCGUACGCUUAGAGACACAAUUUUAACCAAAGGUUUAUCGUUCUCUCUUUGGUUAUACAAUCUUUUAAUUGUCUACUGUGAAAUAAAAAAAGUAUACAAAGUAAUGUUAUGUUAAAUAAAAAUCAAUAAUAGAAUUCAUAAUUUUAACUCAAACAAGGAUCAAUCCUUUGCACUUUCUGUUUUUUUUUUUUUAAAUUAACCUGUAAAAUGAGAUCGAAGCUGUACAGAUAGAAAGAUGUUCUCGAUUCGGAGUGAAUAAUAAUAAUACAAUCGAACUAAAGUAUUCAUUACAAAAGUGGCAAUUUUAUGUUGUUUUAUAUUUAAUGAUGUGCAUAUCAAUCACUUGAAAUUAUAUGCAUGACAAAAGUUUCAAAUCACUCGGAGUAUGUACCAAAAACAAUUAAAAAUUAUUAGAAAUAAAAAGCUUAUGUGAAUAGCUUGAUUUUCAAUUGACAUUAAGAGUCAAUCAUAUUGAAUAUCACAAAGAAAUCAUUAAGAAGUAAUUAAUAAUUGUUACAUAAAAAUUACUUGUCUACAUUGUAAGUAUUAUACAAUGAAAGUGGAACACGGGAACGUCCGUGAUUUAAAAUGAUAUUCAAACAUUGUUGGAAGUGAGAGGCAUAUUUAUUACAGCUUAAACUAAUCUACAAAUCUUGGAGAAUUCAAUAAUGGUUUGCAAUAAUGGUUUGGCAAAGAUUGUUCUCUAAUUCAAUUAGAUUAACUGAUAAAUUGCUACACACGAUAUUUGUUAAAUGUUUCCUCAUAUAAAAAGUAGUUCAGAACCUGUUCCAGAUUGCAUUAUUUCUAGAUUUUUUGAUGUUGCAUUUCCUGUGCAUUUAAUUACCAUGUAUUAUAAUUCUCCAAGAUUUGUAGAUUCACUUAAGCUAUAAUAAGUAUUUUUCUUAUGUCCAGUAGUUUCGAAUAUAAUUUAAAAUUCAGAAUGGUUUCAUAGUCCAUUUUUUACUUUGAAAAAUACAAUUUUCAAAAAUUUUUGAUUUCCAUAAGUCGAUUUGAAACUCUACGAUGAUUGAAUUACUUGGUAAUUUGUAAGUGAAACUAUAUUGUAUGUUCAUCACUACUUAUAUAUUCUCUUUACUGUGAUGUGUGCUUACGUGUUUUUUGUUCGUAAAACAUGUUCGUUUCGUGCUUGGGCAGGAUUCGGAAAUGCGGUAAUUAUAUUUACGUAUAUACAGUUACACGGAUUUCUGGACGUAAAAGCUAAAUACGAUAAGAUAGUAUUUACAUUCAUUCAUUGGUAGAUUCCUCUUCUCGUUACAAGUGUUUCGAGCGUUUCGAAAAGAGAAUUAACGGUGACAACACGAUAGAUAUCAACGAUUUGUCUUUCUUCUCUUUCAAACAUGAACGAUAUGGACAUUUCGCAUUUCAUAUCUAUAAAUCUACCAAUUUUAUCAUAUUCUUCAUUCAAAAGGUAUCUACAUACGAUUGUACCUUUUAUGCCGAAUGCGGCAGCGAGCAUUACGAUUAUUCUUAUUUUUAUGUAAAGACAAAAUUCUAAGUGUUAGAGAGCAUUGGCAUAUAUUAAGAUACCUAUACUUUCAGAGAUCUUUUUAUUUUAUUCUUUUUUUUACCUUUUUUUCUUUAAUUUAAUGGAUAAGACACACUAUAGUGUACGAAUAUGCGAGUAUUCUCUUUUUUUCUUUUAUCAUUUUCUGAAUUUCUGUAUUUUUCUCUCUCUCUUUCAUCUUGCACGUGGAUAUUGCAAUCUAAUUAGAAUAUUUCAAGCUUUUAACACUAAGGUGGUAACAGUCACUAUUAUUCAAGGUAUGUAUCAUUGGACGAGCAUACCAGGACGGUUCAUCGUUCAAUAUGGUAAUACAAGAGCUCUGAUAUGCUUCAUAGUUGUAGACAUUUUUUGGACAAUUUUUAUAAUUGAAUAAUUUUUUCUAGAUUGAUUAAAAUGUAUUGAAUGUACUAAGAAAUCAAUGUUUGUAUAAAGUAUGUUACAGUGAUUAGUCGUAAUUGUGACAAGAAAUAUAAAGUAAGCUUUUUCAAAGUUCUAAUAAGUCAUAAAUGUAAAUUGUAGAUAUCUUUGUAAAUGCAAUAGCAAUUAUAUAUAUUUCA